GUCGGCGUCGUGCAGAUGGCCGACCGACUCGGGCAUCCCAGAAACAGACGGGAAAGACCCUCGACAGCGCCUCAGGCGCAGAGGCGGCGCGGACCUCGGACAGCGUGCCUUCGACGGACCGGGCGCGGGAGCGCGCCACCGACGAUCGCAAAGACUCUCAUGAAGCUCGCGGGCGACGACGGUGGGCAUGCGCACGGUCAAGGUCGUUGUCAUCGGUGCGUCGGGGGUAGGCAAGACUAGUCUUCGCAACCAGUACAUUUCAGGACGCUUCACGACCGGAUAUCGCGCGACCAUUGGUGCAGACUUCAUAACGAAGUCUGUGCCGCAUCAUAGCUCGCCGGAUGAGACGGUGACACUGCAGUUAUGGGAUACGGCGGGGCAGGAACGGUUCUCGAGCCUUUCAUCGGCAUUCUUCCGCGGCGCGGACGCAGCGAUCCUCCUCUUUGACGUGAACAAGCCCGAGACGCUGCAAUCACUCGUACGAUGGUGGGCCGACUUCCGCGAGAAGGCCCCAGUGCCGGACGAAGACCUGCAAGACUUCUGCUGCGUCGUCGUCGGGAACAAGAUCGACCUCGCGCGGGACACACCCCCAGUGUCUGAGGCGGACGUUGUACACCUAAUCGACGAGCUCGUACCUCCUCCUUCGCCUCCCCUAGCCCCAAUCCUGAGCGUCACGCCGAUCCCAGAGACAGACACAGACGAAGACACCAUGCCGACCCCCAUCGCCGCCCCGGGCACGCCGCCCAGCAAAUCCAUCGAUAUCACCGCGCGCCGCCCGCGGCGGAGCCUGCGCUCCGUCUCGCGCUCGCGGAGCCGCUCGACAGUCUUCCGGGGCGGGACGGUCGGGACGAUGACGACGACGCACACCAUAUACCACACUCCGUCCUCCUCCGUCUUCGACCUCUUCGAGUCCGCGCUGUCCUCGCCCGCGCACACGACCAUCUCCAUGUCCGCGCGCUCCGCCUCGCCCGUGCGCUCCCCGUCGUAUUCGCCCACGCGCGUGCCCCGCCGCCAGCCCUCGUCCUCGACGGUGUCGUCGGCGCCGACGAUCACCCCGAGCCUCUUCCACCGCGAGCGCGCGCCGAGCCUGUCGACGACGCCCACGUCGGGCCCGUCCCCCGCGGGCUCGUUCUCGCUGCCCCCGCACCCGGAGCGCCGCCCGAAGCUGUUCUUUGCAUCCGCGAAGACGGGGGAGGGCGUCGUGGACGUGUUCGAGUACGUCGCGCGGCGGGUGGUGAUGCGCUGGGAGUACGAGGAGGCGCUCGAUGCGCGCACGCUGCAUAUGCAGGAGGCGGACGAGACGAUCCGCCUGACGCACGCGCACGGGGACCGCAGACGGCUUGUUGGGUCAUGUUGCGGGACGUAGUCCAUAACGUUAGACGUACAGGUGUUUCCUUUGGCUCUUGGCUAUUCCUUAUUCUUCCGUGAAUCUAUGUAUACAAGGGGUCGGUUCGGACGUUUUCCUCCGCACAUUCUCUGCCUGCUCGUCUCCUGUCUCUAGCUUUUGUACUACUCUGCAAGACCAGUCCAUCGGUCCAUUCGAUUCUUUCCCUGUGGUGCCCGGGUCGUCUGUCUCCACGCUAUCGCAGCUAUAUUCCUCAAAGAUAAGUCCCGGAUGCCGUCACAGCCCAG